AUGCCAUGCAGACUUCUACAUCAAAGGGAAACAAGGUCGGAAAGGUCGAGGGGUCCACAGCACUCCGCACCCACGGGGCCAGGCUGGCACAACGCCCCAAUACUGCAAUCCUGGGAAGAGUCACACGCGCCCUCCCGGGACCCACGUGACCAUCAAGGGAGUGUGGAGGACACAUCCCUCGGGGGUGACGCCCCUGCAGAUGGAGUUUUCCCAUCUGUGCCACCCUUGCAAGGCCUGGGAAAGGCUGCGGGGCCAGGCGGCACCGGGCAAGCUGAGUGCCAGGUGGUCGUUGCAACACACCGGGCAAAUCUGAAACCAUGGGACGGACGAGCUGCACCCCUGGGAAAGAGGACAGAGGGAGGCCAGUUAUCAACGUCCUCCUGUGCCUCAGUUUCCAGAAACAAGCCAGACUCAGUGCCUCAGGGAGACCCCGUGUGGCCUCCAGAGAGCACACCCGCCCUUUGUGCAGGUGAGGAAACCGAACCCCAGAGCAGUGAGGGACUGGCCUGGGGACCCUGGGCUCAGCCCUGGGCGCCUUCCCUCUGCCCAUCUCAGACAGGCACAGCCAGCACCGCCUCACCCCAAUGCACCUCCAGACUGGCCCUCCAGGGGCCCUCAGGCACAAUCCUCUCACUUUCCUCCUCAAGCCCCCGCCUUCCCCCUUCGCACUGUGACCCAGGGGCUACUAGCAGCUGGGCCGGGCUCCAAAGCUUGAAGCUGCUUCUCCAUGUCUCUUUCCAGGGGGCGGCGGAUGGCUGCUCACUCAGGGAUGCCAACACCAACAGGACGGGACUCAUGUACGGAUCUGACUUCCCUCCCAGGCUCUGCCUUCACUCAAUGUCCCUGUGGGGCAGCUGGGGAUCCCGGCCGCCCUCCCCUGCCCACAGCCGUGAGGUUGCUUCCUAG